AUGUCCGACGUCGAGAUGGCUUCGGCCUCUGCAAAGAUCAUCGACGGCACUGCCAUCGCAAAGAACAUCCGCACCUCCAUCUCCAAAUCCAUCGCCGAGCUCCAAGCGACCAACCCCACCUUCCACCAGCCCCACCUCGUCAUCUUCCAGCUCGGGUCCAACCCCGCGUCCGCGACCUACAUCCGCAUGAAGCUCAAGGCCGCCGAAGAGUCCGGCAUGACGGUCGAGCACAUCAAGAUCCCCUCGGACGCCGAGUCUGGUGCGCUCAAGGGGUCUGGUGUCAGGGCCGUGCUCGAAGCUGUCAAGAAGGCCAACCAGGACGAAAAGGUGUCUGGUAUCCUCGUCCAACUCCCCCUCGAAGGUGCGGGGAAGCAGGAGGAGAAGAGCGUCGUCGAUGCGGUCGACGUGUCCAAGGACGUCGACGGCUUCCACCCCGAAAACAUCGGUCUCCUCUCCAGCCGGAUCUCGGAGCCGUACUUUACGCCCUGUACCCCUGCGGGCGCUAUCAAGCUCAUCGAGUCCACCGGCUUCAAGCUCGCGGGCUCCAACGUCGUCGUCCUCGGCCGAUCCGACAUUGUCGGUACCCCCGUCUGCGCCCUCCUCCGUAAGAAGGACGCUACCGUCACCCAGUGCCACUCUAGGACACAAGACAUCGAGUCCAUCGUCAAGCGCGCCGACGUCGUCGUCGCCGCCAUCGGCCAGGCCGAAUUCGUCAAGGGCGAGUGGCUCAAGGAAGGUGCCAUCGUCAUCGACGUCGGCACAAACUAUAUCCCCGACGCGUCCAAAAAGUCUGGCCAGCGUCUCGUCGGCGACGUCCAUUUCGAAUCCGCCUCCAAGGUCGCUUCGUUCAUCACCCCCGUCCCUGGGGGCGUGGGGCCCAUGACGGUCGCGGAGCUUAUGAACAAUACGUUCCAAGCUGCUAAACGCGCCUACACCUCCCGCCGCGCCAAGCAGCUCACCCCCCUCGCUCUCGAGCUCAAGGAGAACGUCCCCUCCGACAUUGAGAUCGCCGUCGCGCAGACCCCCAAGCCUGUUGCCGACAUUGCCGACGAAAUCGGCGUCCACCCGGACGAGGUCGAGUCGUACGGCCGAUACAAGGCCAAGAUCGAGUUGUCUGUUCUCGACCGUCUCAAGGAUAGGUUGGACGGCAAGUACAUUGUCGUCGCUGGUAUCACCCCCACCCCCCUCGGCGAAGGCAAAUCCACCACCACCAUCGGGCUCGCCCAGGCCCUCGGCGCGCACUUGCAAAAGAACGCCAUCGCCUGUGUCCGCCAGCCCUCCCAGGGCCCUACCUUUGGUAUCAAGGGCGGUGCCGCCGGCGGCGGUUAUUCGCAGGUCAUCCCCAUGACCGAGUUCAACUUGCACUUGACUGGCGAUAUCCACGCCAUCACAGCUGCCAACAACUUGCUUGCGGCGGCUAUCGACGCGCGCAUGUUCCACGAGUCGACCCAAACCGACAAGGGCCUCUUUACCCGUCUUUGCCCCGCCAAGAAGGGGGUCAGGACGUUCAGCAAGCCCAUGUUGGCGCGUCUGCACAAGCUCGGUAUCGACAAGACCAACCCCAACGACCUCACCGAGGCCGAAGCCGCCAAAUUCGCCCGGCUCGAUAUCGACCCGUCCACCCUCACCUGGAACCGCGUGCUCGACACGAACGAUAGGUAUCUGCGCAAGAUCACCGUCGGGCAGGCGCCUACCGAGAAGGGGUUGACGCGGGAGACGGCGUUCGACAUUGCCGUGGCGUCAGAGUGCAUGGCUGUGCUCGCCUUGUCCAAGGAUUUGGCGGAUAUGCGCCAGAGGCUCGGCCGGAUGGUCGUGGCGUCCUCCAAGGCUGGCGACCCCGUCACGGCCGAAGACAUUGGCUGUGCCGGCGCCAUGGCGGUCUUGAUGAAGGACGCUAUCAAACCCACCAUCAUGCAGACCCUCGAAGGUACCCCCGUCUUUGUCCACGCCGGGCCAUUCGCCAAUAUCGCCCACGGCAACUCGUCCAUCAUCGCCGACCGGAUCGCCUUGAAGCUCGCGGGUGUGGAGAAGGGCGAUGAGGAGGGUAGGAGCGGGUAUGUGAUCACGGAGGCUGGCUUUGGCGCGGAUAUCGGGAUGGAGAAAUUCUGUAAUAUCAAGACCCGUGUCUCGGGGUUGAAGCCGAAUGCGGUGGUGCUCGUGGCUACUAUCAGGGCACUCAAGAUGCACGGUGGAGGCCCUGCCGUCACCCCCGGUAAACCUCUCGACGCCGUCUACGUCGAGGAGAACUUGGAGCUUUUGGAGAAGGGUUGUGCCAACUUGGGCAAGCAUAUCGAGAAUGCCAAGAAGUUUGGUUUGAAGGUCGUUGUGGCUAUCAACAAGUUCUCGAACGAUACCGACGCCGAAAUGGCUCUCGUCCAAAAGUACGCCCUCAACGUCGGUGCCGACUACGCCGUGCCCGCGGACCACUGGGCCCGGGGCGGUCUCGGCGCCAUCGACCUCGCCAACGCCGUCAUCGACGCGUGCGCCUCCCCCUCCACGUUCGAUUUCCUCUACGACCUCAACCAACCGCUUGUCAAAAAGAUGGAGAUCAUCGCGAAAGAGAUGUACGGCGCGGACGGUAUCAAGCUCAGCGAAGAGGCUGAGAAGGAGGUGGAGCGGUAUGAAGCCCAGGGGUACGGAGGUCUGCCGAUUUGUAUGGCCAAGACUGCCCUUUCGCUUUCGGACGACCCGAGUAAGAAGGGGGUGCCGACGGGGUUCACGUUGCCGAUUAGGAAUGUGAGGUUGAGCGCGGGGGCGAGCUUUGUUUAUCCGUUGGUGGGGGAUAUGUCGACCAUGCCGGGUUUGACGACCAGGCCUGGGUUCUAUGAUAUCGACUUGAACCCCGAGACUGGUGAUAUCGAGGGUUUGUUCUGA